AAGUUUGUGAUGGUUUCGGUUUGUUUAGUUGCAUUCUGUCUGUUCAUUGGAAAAGCUUCGUGAAAAUUUGUGAUCUAAUAAAGAGUUAAAGCUUAGAUAAUACGCCUGCGAAACUAUUUGCGAUCCUAGAGCGGUAAACUGUAUUUCAGAUGCCAUCAUUUUGUGCAGUGAAGUAUUGCGGGAAUACGAUUACGAACUCAAAAACCCGUGGAAUUGUGUUCCAUCGAUUUCCAAAAGAUGGAGAGCGACGCCAAUCGUGGGUCGCGUUCUGUGGCCAACAUGAUGGUUGGUCACCACAGCAGAACCAGGCCAUUUGUUCGAGUCACUUCACCAGCAGCAGCUACGACGAAGGGUUUCGUUAUCGGCACGAAACUAUAGGAGCCAAAAUGCGACAUCAAUUGCUUCCAAAAGCCAUCCCCACGUUGAAGCAAACGAAUAACCCAAGUUGUAGAGAAGCAAACGGUAUCGUAGUUUCAGGUAAAAAGAAAAUGUACUCGUGUGAACUAUGUGAUUUAAAGUUCGAUGAAUUGGCCGCGCUGGAAUAUCAUAAGUAUGGCGAGCAUCGUAAUGAAAACGACCAAGGUGACAAAGUUAUAAAAAUGGAAGUAGAUGAUGGUGAUACGAUCAAAACGGAAGAAUCGAAUUUGAUAUCACCGCUUUUUCAAAACGUGGGUACAACGGCUGAAUGCGGAGAGGUCUGCGUUCAAAUACAUCACGCUGGCGAUACUAGUCAUGUCGGACCAGAUUCUGGUAACAUUCCUAUUAAAAUGGAGCCCCUAGCUGAAGAAACAGAGCUAGAACAUCACCAAGUGGAGUCGACCAUUGCUUCAAGUACUUUCAAGCAGGAAACCGACGUGAAUAUGUCUUCAAACGAGACUAUUGCUACAACAAUACAAAUCAAAAGUGAACCAGUAGACAUCAACGACGCUGUUAGUAUUGAGAAUAUUGAAGAUGGCGAUAACCAACAGUAUCAGUCACGUGCACCUUUGGAUGCUGCAGCACCAGUUGCAAACAUGCCAAGCGAGGACAAGAACACGAAUAUCCCGCAACUAAUCAAACCCCAGAAAGUUCCUAAACUCAAGGUUAAAUGUCCUCACUGCUUUAAGAACUAUCUCACCGGUGUAAUCUUCGACAAACAUUCCCAGCAUUGUGGCCCAAGAGACUGCGAAGUUUGCAACUUAAAAUUUGACAAAUAUCACCAAUACAUCUAUCACAUGAAAAAAUAUCACAAAGAGAUGAAACUCACCUGUCCACAUUGUCCAAAAGUGUUCAUUGAACAAUCAGAUUUCACGAAGCACACAGAGUGCUGUGCGACGCGAAAGUUCCAAUGUGAAUUCUGUGCGCUACGAUUCCAACGGACAAUUGAUUUGGUGACCCAUAAAUCGGCACUGCACAAAAGCGAGAUGGUCAAGGCUGCUGACCUCCCGAAGGCGCCGGUCAGUGAUGAGGGCAAAAUCCUACUCGAAGAUAGUAGUAUUAACAUCAAAACGGAAAUAACGCUGGAGGAAACCGCGCUACAGGAGCAGGAUGUCAAGCUCGAGGACUCUGUGAUCGGAAAUGAAGAUCCGAAUCCUCAGCAAUGUUCAAUAUGUGAACUAACACUCCCCAACAAAAUAAGACUGCGGAGCCAUAUUCUUUUUACCCACACGGAACCUCGCUUCAAGUGUACCCGCUGUCCGAAGACAUUCUUCAUGCGUAGGACAUUGUUGCAACAUUCCCAAAGCCACGAUGAGGAGUACGAAAGGGAGAGGCAAAGGGUGUCGAUGGCCGAUCCCAAGAAUAUAAAGGAAUGCGAAAUAUGUCAAAUCCCGUUUUCCAAUAGACAAAGGCUACGACAUCAUAUGCUUACAGUCCACGAGGAGCCGAAGCACAAGUGUGCCAAAUGUGGAAAAGCAUUCCAUUACAAAGGUGAACUGAACCGCCAUGAGCUAGUUCAUGCGAAAAAUGAAUCGGGCUACUUGCCACCACAGGAGAAGAAACCGAAGACUGUCGUCGAACCAGCGUCAAUACCGACUUGUGAGCAAUGCAACAUUCAAUUCCUGAACAAAAGAAUACGGCAUCAUCAUAUGGUAACAGUGCACUCCGAACCAAAGUUCAAAUGUCCCUACUGUCCAAAAGUGUGCUAUUUUCUAAAUACUCUUGAGCGCCACCAAAAAACGCACAGCAAAAUUGGAGCGGAGAAGAUGUGUAAGACUUGUGGGUUACAGUUUGAAACGGCAGCGAAAAAGUGGCGGCAUAUGCUAAAUGUUCAUCAAAUACCACGCUAUCGGUGUCCUGAAUGUGCAGAUCCGUUCAUGUACAAGCGAAGGUUGAGACGCCACAUGAAACACCGUCAUAAAAAGGAAAUACCUGUGAUGUCGCACGGUCCAUAUUCAAUGCUUUCGAAGAACUGUUCAAAAUGUAAUCUUGAGUUUGCCGACAUGGAUGAAAAGCGUAAGCAUAUGCAGGAAAAUCAUGCGGAAUUAUUGGUUUGGUGUUCUCAAUGUCCGAAAGCGUUUGGCCAUAAGGGUUCUCUGCAGCGCCAUGAACAACGUGUGCACGGUGCACUGCCAGUUCGCCAAGUGAACGCCAUUCUCGAAGCGAACGCACUUCUCCAACCGAAUACGGUGUCUGAUGGUCCAAAAGGGCGUAAUCGCACACAAUGGGCAAAGAACUGCUGGGAAUGUGGACUGAAAUUUACCACCAGUACACAAAGCAAUGCUCACAUGCGGGAGAAACAUCAGGAUCGAUUGUUCAAAUGUUUGGAAUGCCCGAGCACGUUCAUUAACGAGCGAAGUCUGGUACUGCACAAUCGUUCACAUAAUAAAGUACCGCGAACUGUCACUGAAAAGACAUGCUCCAAAUGUGGUGUCAUGUUUCCUACCAAAUCAGAGAAGUAUAAACACAUGAUGGAAGACCAUGCUGAUUCCAUGUAUAAAUGUUCUCAAUGUCCAAAACUAUUUGUCUAUAAAGCCAAACUUGAGAAGCAUGAAAAAACACCUCAUGAUACAAUGGAAGAGAAACCACCCCAGAAACUGGUUGCUGAAACGGCAUGUUCGAUAUGUGGACUUCAGCUUGAAACUCGUCCCAAAAAGAGACAUCAUAUGUUAACGGCCCAUUCAGAACCGAAGUUUGAGUGUUCUCUCUGUGGCAAACAGUUCUAUUACAAGCAAUUGCUAGACCGCCAUGAAACUAGUCACCGGAAACAAAAUAAACGCCUUACUGAUGCAAGUAAAUCUGACGGUAAUAACAUUAACAAUCAUAUUGUUGACGGGUCAUAUGGCAAUACAGCUGCUGGAUUACAGCUUGAAUGCAAAGCUGACGAGUUUAGUAUUCACGAAAAUAGGGCAGAUAUUGCUGUUGAUAAUGAAGCAUACGGUUUCAAACCAGACGAAGAGAAACCUAACGAUAAUAACACAAUUCAAAUCAAGACUGAACCUAACGAUACAACGUAUAUCAUAGUCCCGACACAACCGCAGCUAAUUAAACAAGAAAAUUCGUACGGCUAAAUGUUAGCGCGCAAAUUUGCCAUAUGUGGAAGAA